CCACGCAGGGGAAGAGAAAGCAGGAGCCGUCCAGCGCGGAGGAAGGCGACCAUGGCCAAGGAAUGGGGCUACGCCAGUCACAACGGUCCUGACCACUGGCAUGAACUUUUCCCAAAUGCCAAGGGGGAAAACCAGUCGCCCAUUGAGCUGCAUACUAAAGACAUCAGGCAUGACCCUUCUCUGCAGCCAUGGUCAGUGUCUUAUGAUGGCGGCUCUGCCAAGACCAUCCUGAAUAACGGGAAGACCUGCCGAGUUGUAUUUGAUGAUACUUAUGAUAGGUCAAUGCUGAGAGGGGGUCCUCUCCCUGGACCCUACCGACUUCGCCAGUUUCAUCUUCACUGGGGCUCUUCAGAUGAUCAUGGCUCUGAGCACAUCGUGGAUGGAGUCAAGUAUGCAGCGGAGCUUCAUUUGGUUCACUGGAACCCGAAGUAUAACAGUUUUAAAGAAGCCCUGAAGCAGCGCGAUGGGAUCGCUGUGAUUGGCAUUUUUCUGAAGAUAGGACGUGAGAAGGGCGAGUUCCAGAUUUUCCUUGAUGCAUUGGACAAGAUUAAGACAAAGGGCAAGGAGACGCCCUUCACAAAGUUUGACCCAUCCUGCCUGUUCCCGGCAUGCCGGGACUACUGGACCUACCAGGGCUCAUUCACCACGCCGCCCUGCGAGGAGUGCAUUGUGUGGCUGCUGCUGAAGGAGCCCAUGACCGUGAGCUCUGACCAGAUGGCCAAGCUGCGGAGCCUCCUCUCCAGUGCUGAAAACGAGCCCCCAGUGCCCCUUGUGGGCAACUGGCGACCUCCACAGCCUAUCAAUAACAGGGUGGUGAGAGCUUCCUUCAAAUGAGGCUGCUGGAUCUUGCCCUCUUCAGAAAAGGAAACCUGCCAUUGGAGAGUUUGGUUCCUUGCCUCCUUCUGGUGCUCCUUACCCCAAGUCUAUUUCAUUUUUCCACACUGAGCAAUGAAAUGUGAGAGAUGUGGUCACCAAGAAACCAAAGUUACUUUUGACAAGAUCUAAUAUGAAAGCAUAGAUUUCACAUUUGAUCUCUGUAAUAAUCAUCUUUCCUAUAAAAGUAGCAUUUUUAGUAAAGUUUCAAAGAGGAAGAAACAGAGAUGGAAGAGUAAAUAUAUUUUAAAAAUGGCUAGCUAUUGGGCACCAGUUUUUCUGUUAUCUAAAAUUUCACAGAACUUCAUUGUUUUUAUUUUUAUAUUAUGAGUUGUCCAUCUUAAAGAAAUAUGAGUAAUUCUACAUGUAGUAGAGGUGUAUGAAGAUCAUAUAACAAUUAAACAUAAGCCAGAAAUUAAAAUGACUAUGGACAGCAAGAAUUGAGCUAAUAAUAUGUUUUAACUCUUAACACCAGCAAGACGUCAGUCAUUUAUUGAAGUUUUAGCUACUAAGAUUACUUGGUUUUGAUUACCAGUGAAAAGAAAACACAAUACAGUCAGGAGUUUUCAAAUUUUUGAUUCAGUAUUUGAAUUUCUUCUUCAUAAAUGUAGUUGAAUUUAUCCUAGUAUUUUUCUUUACCUGAAGGAGGGACAUUUAUUUUUAAUUUCACUACAUUUUUCUUUGCAUGAUUAUUAAAAUAAAAACUGCCUCUGUUGUCUUUCUCACUGGAGGCCGGAAUGAAUGAUCACUAGAACACAAAAGAGUGAAUGAUGACACUUGAAGUCAAAGCAGUUGUACUGAUCACCAGAACCAAUAAAGACAUGAAUGGAAAA